UUUUCUUCUUAUAAAAUGUAAGUUAUCUUUAUUACUAUCAACACAUCAAAAGCAAUACAGUAAAGUAAUAAAAUUCAAUGGAGAAUUUGAAUUGGAAUGGUAAAUAUAAGAGAAAUGUACCUUGUCUGUCGAUGCUACCGGAAGAUUGUUUUGCGAAGAUCUUGGCCUUAACAAGCCCUCUCGAUGUUUGCCGCAUUUCUUUAGUUUCUAAAUCAUUUCAAUCCGCUGCUGAGUCUGAUUCUAUUUGGGAAAGAUUUCUGCCCUCUGAUUAUCAGUCAAUCAUGUCUGCAUCACUGACUCCCUUCCCUGAUUUUCCUUCAAAGAAGAAUCUCUAUAUGUACCUGUGUCAUCAUCCCCUGUUGAUUGAUGCAGGUCGCAAGAGUUUCUCACUGGAAAAAUUGACUGGAAAGAAAUGCUACUUUCUAGGUGCAAGGGAUCUCAAUAUUCCAUUGGUUGAUAGACCACAAUAUUGGAAAUGGAUUUCACUACCAGAAUCCAGGUUUCCCGAGGUGGCUAAGCUCAAACGUUUUUGGUCGGUUGAUAUUGAGGGCACAAUAAGAGCUGGGGUUCUAUCACCACAGACAUCCUACGCAGCUUACCUUGUUUAUAAGUUUGAAGAUGAAUUUGGGUUUAGUUAUCGACCCUCGAAGGUUUCAGUUGGAGUUUUUGGUGUUGAAUUGGACAAAAGAUUUGCAAUUCUGGUACCAGAGGGCGAGGAGUCAAUUUAUAGUCUGCCCUCUGAUCUAGAAAACGAACUCAAGAAAGUGUAUGAAGAGGCAGUACUGUCUAAUCUGCCCUCUGAUACAGAGGACAAUGAUACGGGGCUACCUGUUGAUAUUUAUUUGGCAUUGCAGCAUUUACCGUUGCAGCUUUUGCCGGAGAAUGUUUCUAAUCGCCUGCAACUUAUUAUGCAACGUCCUAAACUUAGAGAUGAUGGCUGGUUUGAGGUAGAAUUGGGUGAGUUUUAUACUGAAAACGAAGAUGAUCGCAUAGAAAUGAAUUUGGAAGAGCUGAAGGACUGUGCAUCUCUAAAGACAGGGCUUAUUGUUGAAGGAAUUGAAAUAAGGCCAAGAAUGGGUUGAUUAUCACAUUUUUUUAGAAAAUAUUUUUUCCAUACAGUGACAUCUACUCCAAAUAGAACAUGUUUCUCUUUCCAUUUCAUAAAAAUGUCAAUUAUUAGUGAAUUAGAUGACAUGUUUGUUCUCCAUUUGUAAGCAUAAGAUGCAGAAUAUAUUGUUUUUCAAUGUUCUGCUUUUUAAAGUUUCUCAGUUGAUACUAAGUAUCAAUAUCCUGUCUCCCGUCCCUUACACCUCAUUUGU